UUCUUGCGUUGGGUUCGUGACGUUAGGAUUUCAGCUGAUGGUGAAUCACCGUUUGACAAAUUUUCAACGAUGUGCUUCAGAUGAUAGUGUCCAAAAUGCUUUUUCACUUAGUUUUUCACGUUUUACUCUAUGGGUUGGUGUGUGGGGAACAGUACAGAGGUAAACACCUCGGAAAGCUGAACUCGUAUCACCACCAAGUGUCCGGGGACGUUUACGCUGUUGACGAGUUCACGUUGCUGCUCACCGAGUUCAGCUACGACGGUAAUGGACCCGACUCAUUCUUCUGGGCAGGAGCUAGCAACAGGCCGGGGCCGCAGGGCUUCAUAGUCCCAGAUGAGCAUGGAAAGACCAAUGUUUUAAGCCGAUAUUUCAACAAGGACUUCACUCUGACGUUACCAGAUCGGAAGAAAAUCACUGACAUCAAGUGGUUUGCCAUUUAUGAUUUACUAACUCAAAGUGCUUUUGGAGAUGUCUACAUUCCAGAAGAGUUUGAACCACCAGCUGUUCAGACUAUCUCGUCUUUUGGCAAGAAGUCGCACGGUGUCAGUUCUGGGCCUCUGAGGAUCCUGGAUGCCAAGACCUUGGUCAUACCGGAGUUCACAUACAACGGAGCUGGCAAAGACACAUAUUUUUGGGUCGGAGUAGGACCACAGCCAUCAUCCAAGGGAACCAAAGUUCCUGAUGAAAAUGGAUAUAUGGAGUCCCUGAGAUUGUACGCUGGAGAGACAAUCACACUAGAGUUACCAGGUGAGCUGACGAUCUUUGACAUCGACUGGCUCAGUGUCUACAACGUCGAGACCAAAGAGAACUACGGCUCCGUCAUCGUCCCUGACAACCCCAAUGUUCCUCCUUCCCUCAUCAAGAUCAUUCCUCACAAGUCGACCUUACCUAACUGUAUUCAACUCCACAAGGACUACCAAGUGAGCUGGGAGAUAUUUGGACCUCAGAUUACCAUUCAGUUGGCUGGACAAGUUGGUGAGGAUCACUACCUGGCGUUUGGGCUGAGUGGAGCUCCAGACAAGAUACAGAUGUUGGGCUCUGAUGUUGCCAUUGCGUACAUCGACGGCUACCGAGGGUUUGCCAACGAUUACAACAUCACUGCAAACUCUCCAUGUGUAAAAGUCCUUGGACAGUACAAAGGAGUGUGCAAGGAUGAUCUUAUUGGAGGAAUAGACAACAACCAAAUGCACACAGCGUCUAGAGAAGAUGGCAUCAACUAUAUCACCUACAGGCGAACUCUCAUAUCUUCUGAGUCAGGAGAUCGAGAGUUUAAAGAGGAAGGGCCCAGCCAGCUGAUUUGGGCAAUGGGUCGCUUGGACCACAAAAGUGAGCCAGCCUUCCACGACUUCUACCCAAGAGGAAGCCUUAGUGUUGAGUUGGGCCGCAAGGAACCUUACAACACCUGCUUCUCCUUCACACGAACCUACAAAGAGCUCAGGGAGCCAUGGGAAAGACCCAAGAUUAUUGAUAGAACUUUACGAACGUUCACUGCAACACUCGGGCCUGCUGGUGGGAAGAGGGGAUACCAGGGUAUCACAGGAAUGCCUUCUAAUGGCCUGGCGUGGUACAUCAACGGCCUGCUAGUGCCAGAGAUAUGGAUGAGAAGAGGGUUUACCUAUGCUAUUCGUAUCUACGGAGGCAACAACCCCCACAGUGCAGAGUUCUACAACCCUCUCAUCAUCACGGAUGAGCCACACGGAGGUCUGGAGCGGCUGAGCGAGGUGGCGCAGAGGAAGAUACGAGUGCUUGCAGGCGUGCAGUUCACUCUACGAGGGCAGCCACGCCCCACGUCAGCUGGACCUCUGUGCCUGGCACGCCACAAAGGAGUUGAUCGAAGAUUAGAUGAUGACUUUCCAACGUUCCGCAAGUUCAACAGGUCAUUGUCCUUUACUUGCGAAGAAGGGGAUCCAGCAAUUCUAGAAGUGACGCCUAACUCCUCGUGGCCUGACGUCGUCUACUACAACAGUUACACCCAUCACAACAUGGGCUGGAAACUACACGUUGUAGACAGCCUUAGUUUGGCAUUCACCAGUGAUGCCAACACAACCACCAUCGCAACAGCUGUGCAGCUAGCUUUAUUCUUCCUACUAUUUGUAUUUAGGUAGCAAACAAAUUGUACAAUUAUUUAUUAAAACUUUUUUACAA